AAAAACAAGAUAACAUUAUUUAUUAUCUACAUACUGAUACAUAUCUGCCAACUUUUAUUAACGUCAAUCAGAUGAAUCAACAAGACAACAUUAUUUAGAAACAAUUUCAUACAAUUCAAACACCUCAUCCCAUCCAUGGCUGCCACACGACAACUUCACUGUUUGAUGCGAACAGUUUCUAGAGGUACUAGGUUCUUCGCUGUUGCCACACAAUCCAACGCUUCUUCCUCUACCCAAACAAUCAUCGACAAAGAAUACCAACACAGUGCCCACAACUAUCAUCCACUUCCCAUUGUUUUUGCUCAUGCUAAGGGUUCAUCUGUGUGGGAUCCAGAGGGAAAUAAAUAUAUUGAUUUUCUAUCUGGAUAUUCUGCGGUUAAUCAGGGACACUGUCAUCCUAAAAUUCUGAAAGCCUUACAUGAUCAGGCGGAUAGGUUGACGGUGAGCUCUCGCGCGUUCUAUAAUGAUCGGUUUCCGGUUUUUGCUGAGUAUUUGACAGCCUUGUUUGGUUAUGAUAUGGUACUUCCUAUGAAUACUGGUGCUGAAGGUGUGGAAACAGCUUUGAAGUUGGCGAGAAAGUGGGGUUAUGAAAAGAAAAAAAUUCCUAAUGAUGAGGCUCUUAUUGUCUCAUGUUGUGGCUGUUUCAAUGGCCGAACAUUGGGUGUCAUAUCUAUGAGUUGUGACAAUGAAGCUACGCGCGGUUUUGGUCCUUUAAUGCCAGGCCAUCUAAAAGUUGAUUUUGGUGAUGCAGAAGCUAUUGAACGAAUUUUCAAAGAAAAAGGAGACCGAAUAGCUGCUUUUAUUUUAGAACCUAUCCAAGGGGAAGCAGGGGUGGUAAUUCCCCCAGAUGGCUAUUUGAAAGCUGUUAGAGAUCUUUGCUCCAAAUACAACGUGUUGAUGAUUGCUGAUGAAAUACAAACUGGAUUAGCAAGAACAGGGAAAAUGUUGGCUUGUGAGUGGGAAGAUGUUCGUCCUGAUGUAGUGAUUCUAGGGAAAGCAUUAGGUGGAGGAAUUAUACCAGUUAGUGCAGUUCUUGCCGACAAAGAUGUGAUGCUUUGUAUUAAACCAGGACAGCAUGGAAGUACUUUUGGAGGAAAUCCAUUGGCAAGUGCAGUUGCAAUUGCCUCACUCGAAGUGAUCAAAGAAGAGAGACUUGCCGAGAGAUCUACCAAAAUGGGAGGCGAGCUUCUCGGGCUGCUGCAUAAGAUUCAGAAGAAACACCCGGACCACGUAAAGGAGGUGCGGGGAAGAGGUUUGUUUAUUGGAGUGGAGCUUAACAGUGAAAGCUUGUCUCCCGUGUCAGGCUUUGAGUUAAGCGAAAAAUUGAAAGAGAGAGGAGUUCUUGCCAAGUCAACACACGACACAAUCAUUCGCUUCACUCCCCCACUCUGCAUAAGCGCGGAUGAGAUUCAACAAGGUUCUAAGGCCUUGGCUGAUGUGCUGGAAAUUGAUCUACCAUUGUUGAAGAAGAUGAAGCCAAAAGACGCUGUUCCUCCAGCUGGGCCUAGUCCAUGUGAUCGUUGUGGUCGAGUUGUGUAUGGUUAAAACAAGAUAAUGAAGGGUUUAUGAAUUUUAUAAAACUUUUGUUUGGAAAAGGAUGUCUCAUGGGAAAUCACAAAUGUUGUUUUAUAUAUGAACCAAUAGAAGCUACUAAUAAAAUUUACCAUAUCAUGUUUAUGAAAUUAAAAAAUCUCACUAGGACUGUGAGAUCACUUAUUCCUAGUGCUGUCUAUUCCUGACCAGAUCAUACAAAAGCAUGAACUCGUUGUAAUAUGCCAGUAAAUUUGUGGAUCAUGAAUUGUGUAGAAAGCUCCAUUGUUCAUAGUAUAGUGUUUUUUUUUUUUAAAGAAUGUAAUCAAUAUUUGGAAUGAAUUGAAGGAACAUUUUUAUCA